CUUCCAGCAAGUAGAGCCAGGGGGAGCCCCGGGCCGGGCGGGCGGGGCAACCGAGCGCCUCCGGCGGGCAGAGCCAGGGGGAUCCCCGGGCCAGCCGAGCAGCCGCCGCCCACGCCCGGUUCUCUUCUCUCCCCCCUCCCGCCCCUGUUUUGACGUGCAGCCCCGGGCAAAGCCCGAGCCCCAGCGCCCCCAUGGCCGCGGCCAAGACCGAGAUGCAGCUCCUGCCCUCGCUGCAGAUGGCCGACCCCUUCGGCUCCUUCCCGCACUCGCCCCCCACCAUGGACACCAACUAUCCCAAGCUGGAGGAGAUCAUGCUGCUGGCUAGCGGAGGCCCCCAGUUCCUGGGCUCCACCGGGGGCCACGAGGGCGGCGGCGGCGGCGGCUUCAACCCCGCCGGCGAAGGAGGGGAGCAGUCCUUCGAGCAUCUCGCAGCAGAUCCCUUCCCAGAGAUGUCCCUGGGCGGCGAGAAAGCGCUGGCAGAAAGCGGCUUCCCCAGCCAGACCGCCCGCCUGCCGCCCAUCACCUACACGGGUCGCUUCUCGCUGGAGCCGGCCUCGUCGUCGUCGUCGAGCGGAGGCGGAGGCAACGGGACCCCUCUGUGGCCGGAGCCCCUCUUCAGCUUAGUGAGCGGGCUGGUGGGAAUGGCCAGCCAAGUGCCCACCUCCUCCGCCUCGCAACCCACCUCGGCCGCAGCCUCGCCCAGCCCGGCCCUGAGUUGCUCGGUGCAGGCCAGCGACCCCAGCCCCAUCUACUCGGCGGCGCCCACCUACCCCAGCCCGGGGGGAGGCGGCGGCAGCGGGGCCGACAUCUUCCCGGAGGCGUCGAGCCAGCCCUUCGCCAGCCCGUCGGGGGCCUCGCUGCAGUUCCCGCCGCCCGCCUACCCGGCGGCCAAGGGCUCCUUCCAGCUGCCCAUCAUCCCGGACUACCUGUUCCCGCAGCAGCCGCCGCCGGGCGAGCUGAGCCUGGAGCAGAAGCCCUUCCCCAGCCCGCCGCCCUCGCUCACGCCGCUCUCCACCAUCAAGGCCUUCGCCACGCAGAGCGGCGGCGGCGGUGGGAGCGGCCCGCAGGACCACAAGAGCCUCCCGGGCGGCGGCGGCGGCGGCGGGGGAGCCUACCAGGCCCAGCUGGUCAAGCCCAGCCGCAUGAGGAAGUACCCCAACCGGCCCAGCAAGACGCCGCCGCACGAGCGGCCGUACGCCUGCCCCGUCGAGUCCUGCGACCGCCGCUUCUCGCGCUCCGACGAGCUCACGCGCCACAUCCGCAUCCACACGGGCCAGAAGCCCUUCCAGUGCCGCAUCUGCAUGCGCAACUUCAGCCGGAGCGACCACCUCACCACCCACAUCCGCACGCACACCGGCGAGAAGCCCUUCGCCUGCGACAUCUGCGGCCGCAAGUUCGCCCGCAGCGACGAGCGCAAGCGCCACACCAAAAUCCACCUCCGCCAGAAGGACAAGAAGGCCGACAAGGGCCAGGCGCCGUCGGGGGGCGCCGCCGCCGCCUCGCCUCUGGCCCCCUACAGCACGUCCCCUGGGGGCGCCUCCUUCCCGUCGCCGGCCUCCUAUUCACCUCCCGUGACGACAUACGCACCCCCUGUGACCUCAUACUCUUCUCCCGUGACGUCACCUUUCCCCUCCUUCCCUUCGUCCUCUGUGGCCACCAGCUACGCUUCCAUCGCCUCCUCCACCUUCCAAAGCCAGGCGGCUGCCACCCCUUUCCCCUCGCCUGGAGGCCUGGCCAGCCCCUUCAGUUCCUCAGUGACUUCGGCCCUGUCCGACAUGGCCUCCACUUUCUCGCCACGAACAAUUGAGAUCUGUUGAGGGGGAGAGAGAGACCCUUUCCUAAGCACAGGCCAUGCUGAGGAGGAGGAAUCUUCCCGCUGGCCUUGACUCCCUUCUAGGCUGGGGUGCACGGCGGAGUUGACUCUGGCCAGCCAAACCCACCCACAGCUUUUCUGCAGCCCUCGAGGUCCCGGGACUUCCUUCCCUUUGAACUUCAACUGCCUGAAAGAAAAAAAAAAACAGUUACUCCGCCCCAUCGAGGUUCUUCUUGCUUCUGUCCAAGGACUUGAUUUUGCAUGGGCGUUGGCGUUCUCCUUUCAUUUAUGGUUCUUCCCCUCUCGCCCACCCUCUCCGCCGCCGCGAUUCAUUAGGAAGCAAGGGACUUUGGCAUCCAUGCCCAGACAAUGUAUAUUGUAAAUGUGCUUUGCUUUCCUUCUGGGCUCUUGACGUGGAAAAAAAUCUUUGCAUUCUCAUAUUGCAUUAUUUGGAGUACCAAGGGCCAUUUUUUUUGUAUAUGGUAAAAAAAAUUGCUCGUUUAGUGAUGACGAAGCUGUAAUGAUUUUUACAACUUGUUAGGGGGAGGGGGGCAAGGGAGAAAAAAAUCAGCACUUAACUAUGUAUUUGAGCAUGUCAAGAGUGUGAUGUUCUUUGUAAAUAUCACCUUGAGGAUGAUACACUCUCUCACGUGGCAAAAAGUUUUUGUUUGGGUUUUUUUUCCUUUCAAGUCCCAAGUCUUGGUGCCUUGUUGUGAAGCCCUGCUGACGUCAUGCAUUUGUGUGAUUGGAUGCGUUGCAUCUAGCCUUAAGGUGAAAGGGAAAGUGUGGAAGGAGGCUCAGGCUCAAAAACAAGGAGGGGAGGAGCCCGAGGACAGAAUGUAAGCAAAAAACAAAACACACAAAAAAAUCGAACUUCUCAAAAGUCUAUUUUUGUUACAGAAGUGUAAAUUUAUAAAUAUAUUCAGGAGUUGGAAUGUUGUAGUUACCUACUGAGUAGGCAGCAAUUUUUGUAUGUUAUGAACAUGCGGUUCAUUAUUUUUGUGGUUUUAUUUUUGACUUUGUACUUGUGUUUGUUUAAACAAAAGUGACUGUUUGGCUUAUAAACACAUUGAAUGCGCUUUACUGCCAAUGGGAUAUUUGGUGUACAAUACCCUACAGACAAGUCAAUAAAAUACCGAGAGACCAGCA